AUGUACGCUCAUUUUGCUUCUUUUGUCAUCAGCAAGGGUGGAUUCCUUGUCAACAAGAACGGAUUCGCUUUCGUUUUAGUGCAAAUUACACUUUAUUUUGGUAAAAGUGUCCACCUUCCAUACCUGUUACUUCCAAACGACCAGAUUCUCGGUUUGACUGCAUCACCCACUUCGUCCAUCACUGCAAUUCAGUCUCGUAUACAUGAAGAACUUCUUGCCCCAUUGCGCAGACUUCGAGCUGAUGAUACUGAGUUUGGCUUUCUGAAGGCCCUGGUGCUGCUCAACGGUGAUGUAGCCGCAUUGUCGCAACAGUCUAAAGACAAGUUAAGGGAAGCGAGAGACGCACUUUUGAAGGCCCUCUUCGGUCUCUAUAAUGAGACUUCUUCAGCUCUCGAUGCUUCAUUCAGAGUUUCCUGCCUUUUACUCAUCAUACCUUCGUUGCUGUCAAUCGCUCACAGCAUUGUUGAAUCUCCACCAGUGGCCGAGCUUUUUGGAAUAAAUGAAUGUGGCCAAAAGCAAAAGGAUAUCGAAUCAAGGCAUUUCUACAAUACCGCUGAAAAAGCUAGCGAUCGAGCAAUGGCUCCACUCAUCACGGAGGCAUACCUCACUCCUCAAACUAUUCUAUCUCAACAAGUAGACAUGAAUUCGCGAUGCAAUAUCUCUCCCACAUUUGCAGUACCAGUCGCAUUUAUCAACACCAGCAUUCCAACAAACAUUCAUCCCUCUUCACCAACUCAUAUACCAACGAAAGUUUUCCUUGCAUAG